AUGACGACACACGCUGUGAGGACUUCUAAGAUAUACCACCAAGUGCAACAGCUUUUGGCGAAUCCGAGCUGCACACCGGUAUUUUGCCAUGAUGAGCUGAAUGCAAUCAUUGGGAAGUUUGAGACCCAGCUUAGCCAGUAUGAGGAAUUGCCCACUGUGACGCAGUUCGUCGAUAUAGGACUAUCGAGGCUCAUUCCACAGUACUCGCAUAUAUUCGAUACCACAGAAGAUGGAGAAUCUCUUGCAUGGCAUUUGGGAAGAUUCAUCAAAUCAAAGCAGGAUAGUGAAAGAGGGAAAAUCGACCAUCUUAAGGCGUAUAUUAUCAAGUACGAGUUGAAUAGAGAAUAUACGGAGAUACGAGAACUACGAGAGAAGCUAUUGAGUCGAAUCGAGGAUACACAGGUCUCCUUGGAGCGGGUAGUCCCCACAUAUACCAGCAUCAGUUUGAUUGAGUUUGUAAAGUUGUUGCAUGAUGAUGUAUUUCUCCACAGUGGCCAAACGAAAUAUUAUCUUAGACUGUGUAAGAUGUUUACCUCGUUCUCCCAAGUAGGAGGGAUUACGGGGAAAUUGCGACCAGCAGAUGUUGAGAAGCUCAUCCAGAGGAUUCUAUAUGCGGAAAUUAACUUCACAGAGCAACAGAAAAAUCAGGUCAAAUUGGAACAUGUCAAGCAGUUGCUCAUGGCUGAUUUGGGAAAAUCCGGAAUGAAGUUAUCCAAUAAAGAACUCUUUACCCUUUUCGACCUGAAUGAUAAUGUUGGUGCAGAAUCCAUGAACCUUGUCUAUGAGAAGUUCCUCCACAGUGACCAUGUCGCAAAGACCAGUUCCUUCUUUAAGGCCUAUUUGAGAAAAGUGGUUUCGAUGAAUGGUGAAGAAACAUCCAUAGCUAAGAGGGUCAUUGAAGAUGCCAUAGAACAUGAGGUUGUCUUUGAUAGGGAAUUUUUCGAACUGGUUGUCAAACAUGCACAGGAAACAGGCAACAUUGCACUCCAAGACGUGGUUUCCUAUUGUCUUCUCAAGGAGUACACUCUCUGUAAUCACACCUUGUCCAUUAUGCAGGGCACCAAGUACACCAGUCUCUCGAGCCCUCUAGUUACCCUCCUACGUAGACUUUCAAUUCCCACAAAUGGAACAACUGCAUCCACCAUGAGUCCAUUGAACAUCCCCUCUAUACAAAUACAACUGGCUGACCGAGUCGGUGAAUUCCCUUCAUUAGGCGAGUUCCCCGGAUUCUGUUUCCGGAGCUAA